AUGCACGCGAUCCCGCUCCCGCGUCCACAACUCGACGACGGAUUUGAGGUCCAAACACGCCAUAUGGCAGCGAAUCACGCCGAGGAUGGCCUCCCAGUUCGCCCGGCUCGAAUCCCGCGCGACGGCCUCGCGAUGCAGCCGGAGGGCCUCCGCGGUGAACCCGAGGAGCUCCAUCAGCACCGGGACCUUCUCGGGAACCUCCCGCUGCAUCGCGGCGAACACCACGGCCCGGCGAGGGGGGGGGGUGCUAAAAUACUCCAAUAG